AUGUUGUUGCGAGGCGCUUUCGGUCUUGCAGCCUUGACUGGCUUUGCAGCCUCUUCGCCUUUCGUUACGAACUUGAUGCCGAGAAGAGCAUGCGAUGGCAACACUGCCUCUACCCGCUCGGAGUGGUGCGACCACUCCAUCGACACCGACGCGUCCGUCGAGAUCCCAGACACUGGCGUGACGCGCGAGUACUGGCUCGAACUCACCGAUGUUGUUGUAGCACCUGAUGGCGUAUCUCGAACAGCGAUGGCCAUCAAUGGCUCGAUACCCGGACCGACGCUCAUCGCAGACUGGGGCGACAUGGUCGUUGUUCAUGUGACCAAUUCCCUUACGACAUCUAUGAACGGCACGAGCAUACACUUUCACGGUCUUUGGCAGAAGAACACCAACGAUCAGGACGGUGUGAGCUCCAUUACGCAAUGCCCAACGGCACCAGGAGAGUCAAUGACUUACACCUGGAGGGCUACCCAGCACGGGUCGACUUGGUAUCACUCGCAUUUCGCCCUGCAGGCUUGGCAGGGCGUCUUUGGCGGCAUUGUCAUCAAUGGACCUGCCACGGCAAACUACGACGAGGACUUGGGUAUGCUCUUCCUCAACGACUGGGAUCACCAGACGGUUGAUGAGCUUUACCUAUCCGCCGAAAUGGACGGCCCGCCAGUUCUCGACAACGGCUUGAUCAACGGUACCAACACAUUUGGAGACGGCGGCCACCGUUACAAUGUCUCCUUCACAGCCGGCACUUCUUACCGUAUUCGCCUCGUUAACGCCGCUGUCGACACCCACUGGAAGUUCAUGAUCGACAACCACACAAUGACUGUCAUUGCAUCCGAUCUUGUACCUAUCGAACCUUAUGAAGCCACUAUUGUCAGCAUCGGUAUGGGUCAACGAUACGACGUCAUUGUAACAGCUGAUCAGGGAGACGUGGCCGACAACUUCUGGAUGCGUGCCAUUCCGCAGUCCGCAUGCUCUGAGAACGACAACGAGGACGACAUCCGCGGUAUAGUCUACUAUGGUGACUCAGCUGGAACGCCGACCACCUCCGCAUAUGACUACGAAGACAGCUGCUCCGAUGAGACCAAGAACCUCGUACCGCAUAUCCCCAAGACCGUCGGGGCAACAUCGUCCACAGCCGAUGAGCCUGUCUCUGUCGGCCGCAACGACGAGAACGUGUUCAAAUGGGCCCUGAACAGCACUUCCAUGGUCGUAUACUGGGAUGACCCUACGCUUAUGCAAGUCAUGCGAGAAGAGAGGACAUUCGAGGCCUCCAACGCCGUCUUCCACCUACCGCGCGAGAACGAGUUCGUCUACGUAGUCAUCAGCACCAACAUCGGAGUACCCCAUCCCAUUCAUUUGCACGGCCAUGACUUCUUCGUCAUCGCUCAGGGUACAGGAGAGUACACCGACGACGUUGCUCUUAAGCUAGACAACCCGCCGCGCCGUGAUACCGCGAUGCUGCCAGCAUCGGGCUACCUUGUCAUCGCUUUCGAGACUGAUAACCCAGGCGCGUGGCUGAUGCACUGCCACAUCGGCUGGCACACAUCCGAGGGCUUCGCGAUGCAGUUCGUUGAGCAGUACGACAAGAUCGCGGGCAUAACCGACAAGGAUGCGUUGGAGAGCCAGUGUGAUAGCUGGAAGGCUCAUAGCGGGUCCGUUGGUAUCCUGCAAGAUGACUCUGGUCGAAGGGAAGACAUCUCUCCCGUCGAGCAACGAACCGACACCUCCACAACUCCCGCACUGGCUAGCGACCACUUACCUCGACACGAGCCGCAAGAUCACAGUAGCACUGCCGUUGAUGGCAACGUAGACGAUAGUGCUAGCCACGAAGCUCCACGGAAUACGCAAGAACACACUAUCUCCCGUCGAGACGUCAAGGACUGGAUAGCUCUGGCAAAAGCCGGUGUGGACAUCAAGCAGUACCAUGACUUCUUAAAAUCCAAGGUGGCGGAUGGUGGCUGGAUAUAUCAGAUUGGACCUGAUGACAAGAUACUUGGAUACGGGAAUGUGACCCUGACUGAAGAGGCAAGACUUGAGGUAGAGAAUCACGAAGAUACUUUCGGUAUGUUGGAGGACCUUCCCAUACGAUCUCUACGGGCUCUACCAUCCGAAUUUUCGUCUUCCGUAACGCGCGAAGGACCCGAAGUCGUCGAGCGAAGAGAAAAGCUUGUGCCGAGAGAUUUGAAGUGGAUGAUCCAGGAUACCGCAGACGAAGCCCUCGUGGUGGACAGUCAAUAUGAAGGCAUGGACAUAAGUACACAUGUCGAUUUUGUGUACCCCGAGCAUCCAGGCGAGGAUGUAUCCGUCUAUUUGAUUGACUUGGGCAUUCAGAUCAAGGUUAUCAACAAGGAUGAAGAACGAGAAUUCAAGACAGACAACGACCGCGUUCUCCAGUCCAGCUCAUCUAUUGCAGCGGGUCAAAGUCCUGAAACAGAUGACAAUGUUGAAAAGCCAUCACACGGGACUCGAGUCGCCUCGAAAGCUGUGGGCAAGAAAUAUGGACUCGCGAAAGAGGCGUCCUUGGUUUCAACAAAGCUCUAUCCAAAGACCGGCGACUGGGAAAACGGCAUGUGGCUGAUCCUGAGAGACAUCAAAGCCCACGAAGGGCGAGCUUCUCGAAGUGUCGUGAUCACGUCUUUGGCCAUCGGCCAAGGCGGAAUCACACCCGAGGCAGCUAAGAAUGACGAGAGGAUGCAGCUACUCUACGGAAACGAUCUGCGCGAGCUUUCCAAACUUGGUGUACCUUUUGUGAUGGCCGCAGGUAACGAUGCCGAGAAACAGAAUCGUGGAGAUGUUGAUCAGAUUCCAAUGGUUCUCCAAGAUGACGAUAUUCCACUGAUCAUCGUCGGAGCUUCAGACUGGGAGGGCAAGCGAGCCGCUUUCUCACAAGGUGGUCCACUCGUCACGAUCUAUGCGCCGGGCGUCGACAUCGAAUGCCAGAACAAGGAGGACAAGAUAAAGGCAACUGCAAGUGGCACCUCGCUAGCUGCACCUCAGGUAGCAGGUCUCAUAGCCACAUACUUGUCCUAUUCAAACAAGCCUUGGGACGAUACCAAGACUGGUGUGGAGCGCGUCAAAGCUAUCCGAGACUAUGUGACCAGUGACAAAUCGAGUUGGGAACGGGCUUCUGGCAGCGGUAUCCGUGUAAUCUGGAACGGGGCAGAUGAGGCCGCUCAUGGGCACGACGACGACGACGACGACGAAAGCCCGAACGACUCUGAUCCACCUCCAUCGAGCCCUCCACCUCCGUCCAAACCAUCUCGCAAGAACAAAGCACUUUCAAUCAUUUUCCAAAGGUAUUUUGAUGGGGUCUGGACCGACAACUCCUGGUUGUUCUUCCAGAGCGAUUACGGCAAGUCUUCCGUAUGUCGCGAUGAAAAGCACGCUUUGAGGAAGGAAGAACCAGUAGGAGACGAUUACGACAUGGUCAAGAACCCUCCCUGGCCUGGAGGUACGUACGAGAUGAACGACCUCAUCGACGGCGUCGAAUGCGACUAUCUCAACGAUGGAACCAAUCCUGGAUCUCUUUGGUGUCAAGAUUGGGAUGCGCCAUUUCCGAAGGACUCCGAAGGCCCUUUGCCCAAGCACCUAGAGAUCAAGUGCAAAGAGGAGGAGGCGAGAUGGAAGAGUGAGGCUGAGAGUUGUUCGCUUGGUCCGGAAUUAAACAUGGACCAUCAUGCAGUUGUUACGUGUGACUGGUAG